CCUCCAUCGGCAAUUCGAAACACGAAGCCAAGAAAAAACAAUGGAAAACACAAUUCUGUAUUCGAUCCUCCUCACAGUCCUCUCUCUAGUAAUUCUCUACUUCUUCCUAACAAGAGAACCCAAGAACCUCCCUCCAUCCCCUACUCCUCUCCCCAUCAUCGGCCACCUCCACCACUUGAAAUUGCCCCUCCACAGGACCCUCCAAAGCCUCUCCACUAAGUAUGGCCCCAUCAUGACCCUCAGGUUCGGGGUCCGCCGCUUCGUGGUCGUGUCCUCGCUUCCGCUGGUGGAGGAAUGCUUCACCAAGAACGACGUCGUGCUCGCCAACCGCCCCAAGCUGUUCAUCGGCAAGCACCUCGGCUACGACUACACCACCCUCAUAACCGCACCCUACGGCGAUGGGUGGCGCAACCUACGGAAGAUCGCCACCGUUGAGGUCCUCUCGUCGCACCGCCUCAACGUGCUCUCCCACGUCCGGAGGGACGAGAUCCGGCGGCUGAUGCUCCAGCUGGCCCGGGGUGCGUUCGGGUCCCAGCACUGGGUCGAGCUCAGGACUCUCUUCUCGGAGCUCACGUUCAACAUCAUUAUGAGGAUGAUGGCCGGGAAGCGGUACUACGGGGAGGGCGUGAACGUGGACGAGGCCGAGGCGAGGGAGGGGAGGAAGCUGAUUAAGCAGAUCGUUGGGAACGGCGGGAUAAGUUACGCGGGCGAUUUCCUGCCCAUACUGAAGUUGGUGGACUACAAUGGGGUGAAGAAGAGGGUGGUGGAGCUGAAGGAGAAGAUCGAUGCGUUCAUGCAGGGGUUGAUCGACGAGCACCGGAGGAAGAAGGGCGACCCGGAGCUGGCAGACAGCAUGAUCAGUCAUCUCCUGCAUCUACAAGAGUCUCAGCCGGAAGACUACUCGGACUUCAUGGUCAAAGGGCUCAUCCUUGUGUUGUUAAUUGCCGGGACAGAUACAUCAUCUAUUACAUUAGAAUGGAUCAUGGCAAAUUUGCUAAACAACCCUGAUAAGUUAAAGAAGGCCCAAGACGAGAUUGAUUCCCUUAUCGGCCAUGAUCGUCUGGUAGAAGAAUCGGAUGUUUCAAAGCUACCUUACCUUCAAUGCAUCAUCUUUGAGACCCUUCGACUAAACACGACGGCUCCACUUCUCAUCCCGCAUGCGUCAUCAGAUGAUUGCACCAUUGGAGGGUACUUCAUUCCACGUGACUCUAUUGUAAUGGUGAAUGCAUGGGCUAUUCACAGAGAUCCUGAGUUGUGGGAGGACCCUUUGAGCUUCAAGCCAGAAAGGUUCGAGGGCAGUGGCGGCGAAAAGCAACAUAAGCUAAUGAUGCCCUUUGGCCUAGGACGGAGGGCAUGCCCUGGUGCACCCCUGGCUCAGCGGGUCAUGGGGUGGACAUUGGCCUUGUUGAUUCAGUGUUUUGAUUGGAAAAGAGUGAGCGAACAAGAGAUUGACAUGAGGGAAAGCCCGGGAACCACUAUGCCAAAAGCAGUACCAUUAGAGUUGAUGUGUAAAGUACGCCCUUCUAUGGAGAAACUCGUCCCUAAGGAUUAAGUUCGUCGACUAGUUUGUGCUAAAUGGUU